CCCCGCCCAGCUCGGGGUGGGAGGACCGGCGGCGGCGGCGAAGGCGAAAUGAUCGCCUUGUUGUUGGACUCUGCCGUGCGCCUCGCUGCGCAACGAGGCAGGGGCUGGCACGGGCGGCGGCGAGGAUGACCUUGCAGGGAUGUCGGCGAGGGGCGUGUUUGAGCAUCGUCUCCCUCCGAUCCGGCAGCAGCAGCGUCGUCGGGUGACUUGAGAGUAGGAGAGAGAGAGACAGAAAGAGACAAAAGCGGGAAGGGAGGAGGGAAAGAGGAGGAGGCGGAUUUGCAGUGAUAGGCGGUGCGCAAGGCGAGCGCUGGCCACUUUGCCGAAGUGUCUUGAACGUGGAGAGGAGGAGAGCGCCGGGCUCCGUCCACACGAGCGGCAGCGGCAGCAACACGGGCUCCUGCCCUGCCCCGCCCAGAGCUCUUUGCGCGAGACCGCCGAUCGUCUGAAUCCCGCCGCCCAUCCCCGCGCCUCGGGCCGCAUGCGCUUGAUGUUCGCGGAAUUCCGCUCCAAAGGCAACCCCUUGCCGGACACGGGAGGGGGCCAUGAACGAGCUCUGGCCAUGAACUGCGGCGAGACCAAGGAGAUGGAAGCCGCCGCCGCUCACUUCAGCUUCUGCCAGAACCUUCUAGAACACACCGUGUCGGCCGAGAACCUCAAUUACCGCCUGCAGAGGAACUCCGGCAGCAGCCUGACCUGGCACGAUGGGCGAAGCCAGCGGUCAGCGGGAGGGAGGACCGUCAAACUCCUCCAGCAGCCAGGAACAGAAGGCUCCCAGGUCCGGACCUACGAUCACUACGGCAUCUACCACACCAGCCCGACGCUCGGGAGCCUGACCAAGCCGGUGGUGCUUUGGACGCAGCAGGAUGUGUGCAAGUGGCUCAAAAAGCACUGCCCACACAAUUAUCUCAUCUACGUGGAGGCCUUUUCCCAUCACGCCAUCACAGGUCGGGCGUUGCUGCGGCUGAAUGCGGAGAAGUUGCAGCGCAUGGGGAUAAUCCACGAGUCUCAGCGGCAGGAAGUCCUCCAACAGGUGCUGCAGCUGCAGGUGCGCGAGGAAGUCCGCAACCUACAGCUCCUCAGUCAAGAGACCAGCUGCUCUCUGGCUCAGAACUCAUGCCACGCCAAACCACCGCCACUAGGACUUGUCAAACUCAGCCUCGUGGGAUCCGAUCACAGCGCGAAAUUGUUUCCUUGACGAAACCAGCGAGGACAGACUUUCUCCCCAGAAGGACACGGAAGACUUCUGAAACUGAGGAUUUUGCAAAUGCUUCACUCGUUUCAUUGUACGGGCGUCUUGGAU